GAAAAAUCCUUCCAGUGUCAUUCUCCUCAUGUCGUCGUCGAGCGCCGAGUCGAAUGACGACGGCUUGGCGCGGUUGAGGAGUAUCGUCGGCGAAUCUUACUCCGACGACAAGUUGCGCUGGCUACUGCUCAAGGUGGGCGGGGAUGUUGGCCGCGCAGUAGAGUACUAUUAUGGCCACGGCGACUUGAAUGACGAUACGAUGGAUGACGCUGGACUCCCCGCCGACGCAGCAACGAUCGUCCCUCCCGCGACAAACCCUUCCUUGGAUCCUCAAGCGAUUGCGUCUCUCAAGGAUUUGCUGGAUAACAACGUAACGGAUGCAGAACUCCGCGAUCUGGUCACGAGAUCCCAUGGCGACCUGAGCGACGCCGUUGGUCUGUAUUUCCUCGACAAGACGCCAGGUCAAGACAACCCAUCCAAGUCCCCUGUCGUGUCGAUCACACCGCCGCCAACUCCAACAUUCUCCUCUCCCGACGGACCUCAUAAAGUGCUUCACACGAACGAAGAAUACGAGGUCGAACUCACGGACGGGGUGCUCAAGUGGACAAUCGGCAACGUGCUUGGUCGCAUCGUAGUCCAAGACGUUGUCGUCGGCGGGGCUGCGCACAAAGCCAACAUCCAGAAGGCCGACGUCCUCAUCGCGUGCUCGGGGCACGUGAUCAAAGAGACAAACGUCGCGCCCAUCGUCACGCGGCUGUCCAAAGAGGUGGUGAACGUUCCAGUGCUACUUCGCUUCCGCCGAGCCGACCACACACAUGGCCAUCACGACGACCGGAAACCCUCGGUGGACACUUCGGCCGUCCCCACUGAGCUGCUGCUGUCGUCGUCCCCUGUCGAGUAUGGCAUCCACAUCAUGGCCAGAGCGUUGGAAAGCAUGCGGCAAGCCGCCGCCGACAAGUACCCGUCGGACCUGCUACUGCUGCACUACACGUGGAGCCAAGGCAACGUGGCGGUGGCGAUGGACCAGCUCUUCCAUCCGGUGCCCCAUUUCCCCAACUUUGAUCAAGUCGUGGGGCACGAAUGGUACUCGACCGACGGCCACGUGAACAACCGCGCGCACCCGGAUUGGCCGCUGUACGACGCGUCGUUCCCCACGGGACCCAUGGGCAUCACAGUCGAAAACAUCCACGAACGCACAAUCAUCGUAAACGUCAAGGAUGGCACGUCGGCCGCGUACGCGAAUGUGUCCGUGGACAGCUGGCUCGUGGCCAUCAAUGGCGAGGGCGUGACGCAUCUGACUCACCGCGAGACACUGCACAGGAUCCACACCCUUCCGCGCCCGCUGCUUUUGACUUUUUGCGUGACGCCGGCGCCGUGGCUGCCCGCGUUGAAGCAGACGAUGGACGUGAACAUUCGCAUGGCGCAGUCGGCCAACCCGACCGAACGCCACGAGUUGGUCGUGUCGGACGACGACCGCACCAGCUUUGGCCGGUUUCAGCGCAAGUUGCUGUGGGUGCUUCAAGUGUUGCCGUCCAUCGCAUGUGAGAUUCUCCAUAUCGCUGCACUGAAUGCCACGUAUAAUGUCGUGCCAGCCGACCUGUUGUACACUGCCGACGUCGACGGCAUCGACACGACAGACGGCGCGGUGGCGCGGCGGGCGCUCAUGGCGAUGGUGCACGGGAUGGGCCUGCAUGCGGACAAGGGGGAGAGUGUCGUGUUGGACCUGGUGCGGGGCCUUGCGGUGCUGGCGCAGUGGUGUGCCCCCAACUCUGCGACAGAGUCACACCACCAGCACCUGUGGUGGGUGUUGCACUUGGUGCUCGAUGUGUUUGAGAACGGAUCGGUCAUGGAAAAGAGCACGACGUGGGACGCCAUCGUGGACAGCCUGAAAGCGCUCGGCGCGGCGCUGUCCCCGUCGGCCUUCUUGCGCACGUUUCCUCCACUCCUGGCGCGCCUGAGCCUGUACUCGAGCCCGAGUUCGCGCAUCAUCCCCCUGGCGCUGCUGCCUCUGACCUACGCUCGCGUACACGGGGACCUCCGCGUCCAGUUCCGCGGGUUGUUUGAGCGGCUCACGAUGGACGACGCGCCGUUGGUCCGUCGGGCGGCCGUGUUCGUUCUGCCGUCUCUGGCGCGAGUCGCUGGCCCCGACGCGAUCGCGUGGGUCGUCCAGUCGGCGGAGAAGCUGUCCGCCGACCACUCGGACCUCGUCCGGCUGUACGCCGUGCAAGCCGUGGCCGACCUGGGCGACGUCCUCUCGGGGCUGGACGACCCCGCGCGCCGACUCGUGCGGUGCCAGCUGCUGCCUCUCGUGAAUUCGUUCGUGACGGAUUCCGACUGGCAGAUCCGGCACCAGACGGUCGCAUUGGUCCCGACGCUGCUGCAUGUGCUUGGCCGCGAUUUUGCCGACGUGCUCGUGGAUCACUAUGUCGAGUUGGCCGGCGAUGCCAACAUGGAGGUGCGGAUUGCCGCCACCAGAAGCGCGUUCCCGAUCAGCGCCGCGCUCUCGUCGUCAGAGAAGGCGUUGGAUGAUGGCGAGGCGAUGCAUGCCAAGGUGGCUCUGUCGAUUUUGCCGGCGUUGUCGUCCUUAUCCCGGGACCCGUGCGCCAGCGUCCGGCGCGCGGUGGCGGCGUCGUUGGGCGCGGCGCUUGCCAUGUUAAGGGCGAGUCAAGGCGACGUGUUGGUCCCCAUGAUCCAGCAGCUGGUUGUAGACAAGGAUGUGGUGGUCGCGCAGACGGUUGUGGAGCAGCUGGCGACGGCGUCGGCGCACCUGCCAGACGAGUUGGAAGCGCUGGUGGUGGUCCAUGUGGACAAGCUGUCCAAGCAGCGGCCGUGGAGGUCGCGCCUGUUGGCGGCAGAGUGUGUGCGACACUGGACCGAGCACAAGACCCUGCCGCCAUCGCUCGUGGUGGUCGCCCUGAGUCUGCUGCAAGACACAGUGUCACAGGUACGACUGGGCGCCGUGCACGCGCUGGUGCAGGUGACCGCGCGGCACGGGCCCGACUGGUUUCAAGCCACCGGAGUGGGCCCCGUGCUGAGUUUGCUGGACCAGCCGUUCCAGCUGCGACUGACGGGGCUCGAAGCGUGUCGGGAGCUGGCUCAACGGAACCUGAUUCCGGACCCCGACGCCCUCUUUGAUCGAGUGGUGGAGGCCGCCACGGCUUCCAAGACGGGCAACAUCCGCGUGAAGGCGCUGGAUGUGCUGGUGGCGAUGGCCCCCCACUUGCCACCUUGCACAUGGGACACUGUACGACCGACAUUGCACGCGUCGUUUGGUAUGGAAGACGACAUCGAAGUGCAGUCGCGUCACGUGCACCUGCUCGCGUACGUUGGGAGUGCAGAUGAGGCUGACAUGGAACCAGGUUCUGCCGUGUGGACCGAACGGCUGCGUCUCGAAACGACGAGGAGUCCUCUGGGUUCUUGAAUCGUCUCACAUAAUGAAGGUGGAUGUGUUCCAUUAUCGUAACUUAGUAGUACUAGUAGUAGUACUAG